UUGCAUUUUCUUAUUACUGUUAGAAAUAUUUUAUGACUUUUUAUAAGAUAUUUUUUAUAGUAUAAUCUGUCUGAGUCCCUGUUUGGCAGUAAAGACUCCAGGAAUGUUUACGGACCUCCCCGAACAGCGAAGAGGAGCUUCCCAUUGGUCCGUUAGUCAGUGAGGUGUCAUAUGUCCCAUGCGGCUUUGAACGCAGCUUACUUUACCGAGGAAAAGUGGAUUUUAAUUAGGCAGAAAAGUUUGUAAAUGUAGUUUUAUGACUCGUGUGAGACAAACAGUUAUUCGGUGCGACUUGCAGAGAACAACAGGGAUACAGGGAUGAGUUUUUUCUGAACUCGGUGGGUCUCACGGUGAGUUUUGCUCUGAUUGUGGCACAGGAAGUCCCCCAAAACCAACCAUGUCCCAGUCAGGGCAGAAAGAAACCGCAGACAAGCCGACCGUGAGCUCGGAACCGGAACCUAGAAGUGCUUCUGUAAGCCCCAGAGCAGUCUGUAGCGUGUGCAAACACUUGUACCGGGAGCCCAAAAUCCUGCCCUGCCUGCACACCUUCUGCUCCGACUGCAUCGGGCAGCUGGAGCCGUUUUCGGUGUCUCCGCGGGGCCGCUUCACCUCACCGGAGGCGGCGGAACAGCACCGAGACUCGCUCUCGUUCACCGUGCUCUGCCCCGAGUGUGACACCGAGGUGGAUAUCCCCCAGUCCGGACCGGCCGGGCUCAGCACAGACCACCUGGCGCUGGACGAGGUAUUCCUGGAGACCCUGGUGAGCGACGGCCCGCUGGGCUGCGACCUGUGCGGCGAAGGAAGCGCCGAGAGCCGCUGCGAGGUGUGCAGCCUGAACCUGUGCGAGUUCUGCCGCCAGGCACACAGGCGGCAGAAGCGAACCGCGUCUCAUUCUGUUCAGGCCGUGACGGAGCUGAAGGCCCGCGGUCGUCUCUGCCGCCCUGUCCUCUGCUCCCUUCACCCCGGGCAGGAGCUGAGGCUCUUCUGUCAGCCGUGCGACCUGCCGGUCUGUCUGGAGUGCGCGGCCACGCUGCACCGGGACCACCGCUGCUGUCCGACGCACGACGUCAUCGACCGUCAUGGCGACCGGAUACGAGAGCUGGUCAGCGCUCGCCUUCGGCCUCGUCUGGAGCGACUGGAGGACUCGCUGCAAAAGGUGGAAAUUUCUCAAGAAAGUUUGCAGGUUCGAGUAGAUGAAACCGCCAAUCAGAUUAGAGCUUUCGCACGAGAGUACGCCAGCGCUGUGGAGGCGCACUGCUUGUCUCUGCUGCGCCGCCUGGAGGAGAUCAGGGCACAACGCAGAAACCACCUCCUCCUGCAGGGGGCGCAGCUGCAGCAGGCCCUGCUUGACGUCAGAGGGAGCGUGGAGUUUGCGGAGCGGCUGCUGAGCUGUGGCUCCGAUGCCGAGAUCCUCAGCGCUAAAGGAGUGACCCUGAGAAGACUGACCAGCCUGGCGGAGAGUGGGUACGACCCCCACCCAGCGACGGUUGCCCCUGACGAUGGCGGCAGUUUCUGCUUCCUGCCCAGGGAGCCGGCAGGAGAGGUGGAAGGCUACCCGUUGGUGGGCUUGAUCCUCUCCAGGACAGUGGACGUCAGCAGGUGCACCGUUGAAGGAGAAGGUCUGCAGCAGGGAACGGUAGCUCAGCAGGGACAUUUCACUCUGGUGUGUCGGGACUCCGGUGGGGAGCGGUUGGCUCGAGGAGGAGAACAAGUCCUGGUCAGCGUCAUCCACAAAGAGAAGAAGAACUGCACAGUGGAGACGAUAGUUGUAGACAACAGUGAUGGAAGCUACAGCGUCUCUUACAGACCAGAGGAACCAGGAGAGUACUCUGUGUGGGUCUGUGUCAGAGCCCAACAUGUUAAGGGUUCUCCAUUUAUUCUGAAUGUGCAGAGGAAGUUCAGGCAGCACAACGGGACUUUUCACUGCUGCUCCUUCUGCUCCAGCGGAGGCGCUAAAGAGGCUCGCUGUGGCUGCCCAGGAACCAUGCCAGGAGGAUUUAAAGGCUGCGGUCACGGCCACAAGGGACAUCCAGGGAAGCCCCACUGGUCCUGCUGCGGCAACACAGCAGAGAAGUCUGAGUGUUUGCCUCAGAGCAUACUGGCUGCAGUUUCCCCUCACAGACACCUGAGAACUGUGGAGCUCUGAUGGGAAGUGGAGGUGAAACGGCAGCAGGUCAGAGGAUCUGAGAGGUAAAACUCAGGCUGCUGGUGAACGCAGAAGGGUCCAACAAGGAGAGAGCAGGACCGUCAAGCUGCUUCUCAUUUCUUAGGCACCAAGUCAUGAGAAAUGCUGGAGUUUAUACAAACAGUGUAACUUUUUAUUUUUUAAAAUAAUGUAAAGACAAGAAAAAGAUUCUUAACUUGCAGCAUAUUUACAAACAAUCAUAGAGCUGUACAUUUUUAGCGAAAUAGUUUCAUUAACGACAAUCAUUGCUUCUACACUAAACAUCUACUUUUUCCUUGGAUUUCCAGGUGUUGCAACAUGGCAGCUGUGUAGCAGACUGCAUCAGGUGAAAGCGCAAUUAUAUUGUAAGAUCUGGAUUUUUUUAAAUGAUAAAAAUAUGCAGGUCACGAGACACAUUUUUCCCCAAAAAAUGAUGAUGAUGAUGGUGAUGAUGUUAAAAAGUAUCUUCUCCCCAACUGCACCUCGGUUUCUAUACAUGAGCAGAACUUUAAAAUCUUCUACUGAACCUAUUACACACCUGUUUGCCUUCGGAAGAUGUUUCCUGAUGCUUCAGAUCUUUGUCACAAAUGCAAAAUACAUAGGGGCACAUUUAUUCAUUUGUUUUGGUCUUGCAAAUGCAUUCAAAAUUUCUGGAAAGUCGUUCAUGUCGUACGUCAGCUAAGUCACGCCCAGUGAUCAGCCGAUGUGUUACGUCAGCUAAAGUUUCUAUUUCUACAAAGGCCUUUGUGUAAAAGUGAAGAAUUCCAUGUGUGUAACAAACUGUGUGUCCUUGAUAAGCGUCUCAACACAGUCCAACGGGGACGUAGUUGACUUUGACCAUGUUUUGUUUUGUUUCCACUGUUUCCUUGUUUCCACAAUUUAAGGUUUUUAGGGCCUGCAUUACACUUUCUGUGGUCACUUUGGUCGUCUUUAUCUUGUCCUUUGCUGUUCCUUGUUUUCAUCGUGUCACUCUUAGAUUCUGAGACAAAGUAGUCAUCAUCUAGUUUUAAUAAUCAUCAUCAUUAUGGAGGAACUGUGGUCUGUUCUUACUGCAACGUGCAUUUAUUCUCACUUUAAGAUCCAACAAUGAACUCUUAAAUGUUUCCACAAAGUUAUUUAAUUUGAACAUGACUUUUACUUUAUUAGUUAUAAUGUCUCUAAAGAAAACAAGAA